CCUAGACCAUCGCUGACACAUUAGCAAUAGGGGAAGAAGAAGAGCGCCUAGGCAGCAAAAGAGUUUUCCUCAAAUUGCCGCAAUUCAAAAUAAUUGUUUUCGCAUAGAUUCCUUGUGGAGAGCCAGAGCCGUGAAAGAUGCCCCUUAAACUGGACAUCAAGCGCCGCCUGACGUCGCGCUCCGACCGAGUCAAGUGCGUCGACCUGCAUCCGGCGGAGCCGUGGAUGUUGUGCGCUUUGUACAAUGGCCACGUACACAUCAUGAAUUACGAGAACCAGCAGAUGGUGAAGGACUUCGAGGUAUGCGAUGUCCCUGUACGCUCCGCACGAUUCGUGGCGCGGAAGAACUGGAUCCUUACCGGAUCGGAUGACAUGCAGAUCCGCGUCUUCAACUACAACACCCUGGAGAAGGUGCACAUGUUCGAGGCCCACUCGGAUUACCUGCGAUGCAUCGCCGUGCAUCCCACACAACCCCUUGUGCUGACCAGCAGUGACGAUAUGCUCAUUAAGCUGUGGAACUGGGAGAAAAUGUGGGCCUGCCAGCGCGUCUUCGAAGGCCACACCCACUACGUCAUGCAGAUCGUAUUCAAUCCAAAGGACAACAACACCUUCGCAUCCGCCUCUCUCGACCGCACGGUCAAGGUGUGGCAGCUGGGCUCCAACUUUGCCAACUUCACCCUAGAGGGCCACGAGAAAGGAGUCAACUGCGUGGACUAUUACCAUGGCGGAGACAAGCCGUACUUGAUUUCCGGCGCCGAUGAUCGUCUUGUGAAGAUCUGGGACUACCAGAACAAGACCUGCGUUCAGACCCUCGAGGGUCACGCCCAGAAUAUAUCCGCCGUGUGUUUCCACCCCGAAUUGCCGAUCGUACUGACUGGUUCUGAGGACGGCACAGUCAGGAUCUGGCACUCCGGAACCUACCGCCUGGAGACAUGCCUCAACUAUGGAUUUGAGCGCGUCUGGACCAUUUCCAGUAUGCGUGGCACCAAUAACGUUGCCCUGGGCUACGACGAGGGCUCCAUUAUCAUCAAGGUGGGUCGCGAGGAGCCAGCCAUGUCCAUGGAUGUCGUCGGCGGCAAGAUCAUCUGGGCCAAACAUUCCGAAAUGCAACAAGUUAAUUUGAAAACCAUCGCUGAUGGUACGGAAAUAAAGGAUGGCGAACGCCUUCCGGUCGCAGUGAAAGACAUGGGUGCCUGCGAGAUCUAUCCGCAGACUAUUGCCCACAAUCCCAAUGGUCGGUUUGUGGUGGUCUGCGGCGAUGGCGAGUACAUCAUUUACACUUCGAUGGCUCUCCGAAACAAGGCCUUCGGAUCCGCACAGGAGUUCGUUUGGGCUCUGGAGAGCAACGAGUACGCCAUCCGGGAGAACAACGGAACUGUGCGUCUCUUCCGCAACUUUAAGGAGCGCAAGAGUUUUACGCCCGAAUACGGGGCGGAGAGCAUUUACGGUGGAUACUACUUCGGCGUGAAGACCUCCUCCGGGCUGGCCUUCUACGACUGGGAAACCCUGCAGCUGGUUCGCCGCAUCGAGGUGCAGCCAAAGAACGUCUUCUGGAACGAAAGCGGCAGUCUCGUCUGCCUGGCCACCGACGACUCAUACUUUGUGCUCGGCGUGGAUACUGCUCUGGUGGCGAACGCAGUGGAAACCAAGGAAGGCCUGGAGGAUGAUGGAGUCGAGAGUGCCUUCAAUGUAUUAGGCGAGACAUCUGAAUCUGUGAAGACGGGCCUCUGGGUGGGCGACUGCUUCAUCUACACAAACUCAGUGAAUCGGAUAAACUACUAUGUGGGCGGCGAGAUUGUUACAGUGUCCCACCUGGACCGCACCAUGUAUCUCCUCGGAUAUGUUCCCAAGGAUAACCGCCUGUACCUGGGUGACAAAGAGCUGAACGUAAUUAGCUUCUGCCUGCAACUAUCUGUGCUGGAGUACCAGACAGCCGUAAUGCGGCGCGAUUUUGAGCGGGCUGACUUGGUGUUGCCCACCAUUCCGAAGGAGCACCGCACCCGCGUCGCGCACUUCUUGGAGAAGCAGGGCUUCAAGUCACAGGCCCUGCAAGUAUCGACGGACGGCGACCACAAGUUCGACCUAGCCUUGCAGAUAGGAGAGUUGGAGAUCGCAGUGAAGCUGGCUCGCGAGGCAGAGAACUCACAGAAAUGGACGCAGCUGGCUGACGUGGCUGCGCGCAAGAACAACAUGGCCCUGGUCAAGGAGUGCAUGCAGAAGGCUAAUGAUUUCAGUGGCUUGCUACUGCUCUCCACCGCAUCGGGCGAUGCCCAGAUGCUGGAGGAUGUGGGCACCGCUGGCUCGGCUCAGGGCCGCCACAACAUUGCCUUCCUGGCUGCUUUUCUGCGCUCAGACGUACAGCGCUGUCUGGAUAUCCUCAUUGAAACGAACCGUCUGCCGGAGGCGGCCUUCUUUGCCCGAACUUACCUGCCCAGCCAGAUGUCGCGAGUUGUGGAGCUGUGGCGCGAAGAGCUGGGCAAGGUCAACGAGAAAGCUGGCCAGUCGCUGGCGGAUCCGGCACAGUAUACAAAUCUCUUCCCCGGCCUAGCCGACGCGCUGCGUGUGGAGCAGCAUUUGCAAGCGGAGCGGUCUCGCAAAGCGCCCGCCCUCAUAGCCGCCCAGCUGCCUCUGAACAGCGAGCGAAAUCCCCUCGAGGAGCUGCAUGCCGCUGAGCAGGGCGGACCAGGACUGGAGGAGAAGGCAAAGCCGGUCUUUGUUCCUGCUCACGAUACCGCCGUUAGCACCAACCAGGUGGCCAAGCCUACUUCUGCCGUUGAUGAUGACGAUGAUCUGGACCUGGAGAUCGAUGGCAUCACGCUAGACGACAACAUCGACACGACGGAUGUCAACUUGGAUGAUGACUUCUUGAGCGACGAUUAGGGUGGGCCGAGAUCACAGCCAGAUCUAGAUUACCAUAUACACCUUUGUUUACUGCUAAGGGAGUCCCACAUUUCGAGCACUUCGAGCCACACAAUUCCGCGCAUACAUUCGCAUUUGAUUUGAUUGAAUGUUAUUUCCCGUGCAUUACCUAUAAAAGUCUAAAAUUAUAAAUAUAUUUCUAAUAAUUAUAUGUACAACAGUAAUGGAUCAAGAGAAAUGCAAUAAAUACUUAUUAAAAAUGAA